AUUUGGUACAGCUUGCAAGAUCAACCGUAUAGAACUUCAUAAUCAGCUUGGUCCUGGUAUUGUUCUUCAUUAUUAUUGUCGUGACAAGACGCGCAAAUAUCCUUUUCAAACACAAGAAUUAAAAUUUAACACCACACGUGUCAGCGAAUUCAUAGACUCUCCGAUAACUUUUGCAAAGGAAACAACGGAUUGUUAUUUCAAGUAUGCUAAAAUGUUUCAUGCUUAA